AUCAUAGCCCGAAACAAGAAACACCAUAGCAAAGCUCACAACAAGAACGGAAAUAACCAAGAAAGAGCAUACAUCAACACAUUGCCUUUUCUUUUUCUCAUACAACAGAAGGUCAAUGGCGACUAGCCGGAAAAAGGAACACAGAGUUCACUAAAUAAAGAGCAAACACAGUCCAAAACGAACUACAAGACAAAAAAACAAACCAAUUUGUCGCAUCGUACAUAGCUGCGCCUACUCGCUGCAAUUGAUUAGCAGCUAGCACAGCAAAACUCCAAUCGUCGUUACCUUCCAUUUUCAUCUUCCUCUUUCUUGAAUUCUAAUCAAAAAGUUCGUUGAGGAUUGUAUUUCUUUCAAUUAAAUUAAUUUCCACUUUCUUCUCUUUGGGUGACAAUGAAGGCAGCGACAUUAAUGUCACCAGGAAAUGGAAGAGUAGGAGUUGGAGCAGCUCAGGAAGUUGGCGCUGUUCAAAUAUCUCCCGUGCUUCUUCGUACUUCUUUGGUCAAACGUUCUUUAACCGUCUCAAAUCUUUCUUCCUCCUCCGUAUCCUCCGACUCUGUUUCUUCUUCUCCUCGUCAUCGUCGUAGUAUUCUUUGCAGUCAACGAAAGCUUCAGAUUGGGAUCGGGAUGGCAAAUUACAGUUUGAAGACAACGAAAAAUCACCUUAGGCAUGUUGAGUCAAUGAAUAUUCUGCCGUCCGGUGCCGGUAAAAUUCCUUGCCUUAACGCUGUUAUAUUAGGCGAAGCUUUGGCUUCUGAAGAAGACGAUCUCGUCUUUCCCAGUGUCGAGUUCUCUCGCCAGGCUCUAAUUCCGUCUCCUCAGAAGUACUUGGAGAUGUAUAAACGGUCCAUUGAAGAUCCAGCUGGAUUUUGGUCAGAUAUUGCCUCGCAGUUCUACUGGAAAAAGAGCUGGAGCCAACCGGUAGUAUCUGAGAAUUUUGAUGUCCGCCAAGGGAACAUCAAGAUUGAGUGGUUCAAGGGUGGUAUCACCAAUAUUUGUUACAAUUGUUUGGAUAGAAAUGUUGAAUCUGGAAAUGGUGAUAAGAUCGCUAUGUACUGGGAACCCAAUGACCCUGGUUCUCAAGAUUCUUUAACCUACUCCCAGCUUCUUCAAAGAGUUUGCCAGCUAGCUAAUUACUUGAAAGAUAAAGGUGUUAAAAAAGGUGAUGCUGUUGUGAUUUAUCUACCCAUGCUCAUGGAACUCCCUAUUGCCAUGCUCGCUUGCGCUCGCAUUGGUGCUGUGCAUUCGGUUGUGUUUGCAGGAUUUUCUGCUGAAUCUCUUGCUCAAAGAAUUGAGGACUGUAAGCCAAAAGUUGUAAUUACUUGUAAUGCUGUUAAAAGAGGUCCUAAAGUUAUUCCCCUAAAAGACAUAGUUGACGCUGCUCUUAUUGAAUCUGAUAAAAAUGGGGUUUCAGUGGAUGUAUGUUUGACAUAUGAAAAUGAAUCUGCUAUGAAAAGGGAUAAAACAAAAUGGCAGCAGGGAAGAGAUGUAUGGUGGCAGGAUGUUGUUCCUAAAUAUCCAACUACUUGUGAAGUGGAGUGGGUUGAUGCAGAAGAUCCACUGUUUCUCCUAUAUACUAGUGGGAGCACAGGAAAGCCGAAGGGUGUUGUCCAUACCACUGGAGGAUAUAUGGUUUACACUGCCACAACAUUCAAAUAUGCAUUUGAUUACAAGCCGUCUGAUGUCUACUGGUGCACGGCUGACUGUGGUUGGAUCACUGGGCAUAGCUAUGUUACAUAUGGACCCAUGCUCAAUGGAGCAACUGUUGUCAUAUUUGAAGGGGCCCCAACUUAUCCAGAUUGUGGACGCUGUUGGGAUAUUGUUGACAAAUUCAAAGUGUCAAUAUUUUACACUGCCCCCACGUUGGUGCGGUCUCUCAUGCGUGAUGGUGAUGAGUAUGUUACUCGCUAUUCACGCAAAUCAUUACGGGUCCUUGGAAGUGUAGGCGAGCCCAUUAAUCCAAGUGCUUGGAGGUGGUUUUUCAAUGUAGUUGGAGACUCGAGGUGCCCUAUAUCUGACACUUGGUGGCAAACUGAAACUGGUGGCUUUAUGAUUACUCCACUACCGGGUGCUUGGCCACAGAAGCCUGGUUCUGCAACGUUCCCGUUCUUCGGUGUUCAGCCUGUCAUAGUGGAUGAGAAGGGUGUUGAGAUUGAAGGAGAAUGCAGUGGAUACCUUUGUGUGAAAAGCUCAUGGCCUGGGGCAUUCCGAACCCUUUAUGGAGAUCAUGAGAGAUAUGAAACUACAUACUUCAAGCCAUUCCCUGGCUAUUAUUUCAGCGGUGAUGGUUGUAGCAGGGACAAGGACGGAUACUACUGGCUUACUGGAAGAGUUGAUGAUGUCAUCAAUGUUAGUGGUCAUCGUAUUGGAACAGCUGAAGUAGAAUCUGCUCUUGUUUCUCAUCCCCAGUGUGCAGAAGCUGCAGUAGUUGGUAUAGAGCAUGAGGUUAAAGGACAGGGCAUUUAUGCAUUUGUCACUCUUGUCGAGGGUGUUCCUUACAGUGAAGAACUACGGAAAAGUCUUAUCCUCACAGUGCGGAGUCAGAUAGGAGCAUUUGCGGCGCCUGAUGCAAUCCACUGGGCACCUGGCCUUCCGAAGACAAGGAGUGGAAAGAUAAUGAGGAGGAUUCUGCGAAAAAUUGCUUCCAGGCAGUUCGAUGAGCUUGGGGACACGAGCACACUGGCAGAUCCCGGUGUGGUCGAUCAGCUUAUAGCACUUGCUGAUGUCUAACAAUUCUACUGGCAACUUCAGAAGUAGAGUCUUUUAUAGAGGAAUUAUUUAAUAUUAGCAACAUUGAUUCAUGCUACAUUUAGAUUUCUGGAAUACAAGUCGAAGUAUUUGGGUUUCGGCUAGAUGCUUAAAUUCGUAUUCACAUAUCUGAAUCUAGCAUUAGUUUAUUUUCACUCUUGCCUGUAGUUAUAUUUCUGUAUUUUUCAACAAAAUAAUCCAGGCAAGUUUUUUAUUCUCAGAACAAUUUCCUUGGCGCUUGAUGCAUUAUCAAGUUUUGUAUUGUAUUUGUAAUAUUAAUAUAGAUGACAUUUUUUCAAAA